CCCAUUUUGUAUGGUAUUACAAAGCAGGCUGGUCUCGCUGUGAAAGCUGGGUAUUAAUCACCACCAUUUGCUGCUGAUUAAAGAGCUGGAGAGACUUUGUCAUUGCGUUACCACUCACUGCCAGGUUGAGCAUGGUUUCCAGGGAAACAGAAAAUCAGAAGCUCUCAAUACUCAGAGCGCUCGCUGAAAUCCAAGGACCUCCAUCUACAGAAGAGUCUUCUGUAAAACAAACACAGCCCUUUGCAGUCUGCCUCUCUGAGCACCCACAGCUUGGAAGGGAGAGUAAUAUGCCUUGGAUGUGAAACCUUUUGGGGUGAAAUACAAACAUCGCUGCUAGUCAGUUUUGCAGCUGAGCAAAUUCAUUUACAGACUAUGAACCAUGGAACAACACAAAAAGUCAGAGGAUACCUCCACCUCCAUAUGAAUGGAAGGUCCCAUUCUCACCCAGAGUGAAGUCUGGAAAUUCGACUCGGGGAUUUGUGCUGAUUUCAAGGAUACCCACGAAAGCGAUGCCUGUGUGACCCUCGUGAAGAACAUCAUGGUGGAUAACAAGCCGACUGAAGCCUGUAAACAAACAGAAACAGGUACUCAGGAAGAUGUCCCCACCAUCUCCCAGACAGAGACAACCAAAGUGGACCAGCUUCACUCAGCCGUCCCACACAGCCAUGCAUCAAUGGAAGAUUUAGGCACUCGUCCAGGACUGGUUCAGGACAGCGCUUACCAGUAUGAAUUGAUCAGUGGUGAUGGACCCACACGUAGAGAACGCUUUACAUCAGACCGACAACAGGCCAGCCAAGAAAUCACCAUACUGGUAACCAACCAUGAGGCACCAGAGAUGGAGAUUGAAGAAACUGAAAAAAUAGAAAUUCCCACCUUUCUUGAGCCAAACACCUCAGGUGAGUGUACAACACCAACUGAAGACGACAGUCUAGACGCUUCCAAGGUUGUGGCAGACCUAAUCGAGCUCAGCCAGCUACAGGAGACUAAAAUGAUCAGCAAUAGUUCAGCAGUGCAAAGUGUCAGCACAGUUGAACGUGACUUACCACAAACCGAGAGAUACAGAGAAGUUCAUAUUGUACAAACUCAACAAACCAAGGUUUCUGAUGACUCUGCUAAUGCAGAGUUUGUUGUUUCUUCUGACCUGAAGGAUCUCAAGAUCAAAGCGGCAUUAAAGCAAACCAAACCUUUGGAACACAGAGAUGCAGAGGACCUCUGUAGAGUGAGACAGGACCUGACAUUUGGGCAACAGCAGCAUGUGCAGACCCAGGUUAGCCUGGAGGCCAUGUACCAGUCUGUGGCCACCAGCCCUAUGACCCCUCCUCAGGGUUCUGCUGCGUUCUUCUUCCCAUAUUCUCUUAGCAAGCUGGGUUCUAGUGGAGGAAGUGAAGCAAUUGCAUCAGUCACAAUGAAGGAUGCUGAACUCCAGGUGGGUGCACAGGUGGAGUAUCGAUCAGUUGCCACUGCUCCCAUGACACCUGUAGUCACAAAUGCACCUGACUUACAGGUUGAGACUCAUUCAGUUGCAACUGCUCCCAUGACGCCUGUAGUUACAAAUGCACCUGGCUUACAGGUUGAGACUCGGUCAGUUGCUACAGCUCCCAUGACGCCUGUAGUUACAAAUGCACCUGACUUACAGGUUGAGACUCGGUCAGUUGCUACAGCUCCUAUGACCCCCAUUGCAACAACUGCACCUGAACUACAAGUGGAGACUCGCUCAGUUGCCACUGCUCCAAUGACCCCUAUUGCAACAGCCGCACCUGAAUUGCAGGUAGAGACUCGUUCAGUUGCCACUGCUCCUAUGACCCCCAUUGCAACAGCCGCACCUGCAUUGCAUGUAGACACUCGUUCAGUUGCCACUGCUCCUAUGACCCCCAUUGCAACAGCAGCGCCUGAAUUGCAGGUAGAGACUCGUUCGAUUGCCACGGCUCCUAUGACCCCCAUUGCAACAGCAGCACCUGAAUUGCAGGUAGGGACUCGUUCGAUUGCCACGGCUCCUAUGACCCCCAUUGCAACAACAGCACCUGAAUUGCAGAUAGAGACUCGUUCAGUUGCCACCGCUCCUAUGACCCCCAUUGUAACAGCAGCACCUGAAUUGCAGGUAGAAACUCGUUCGAUUGCCACGGCUCCUAUGACCCCCAUUGCAACAACUGCACCUGCGUUGCAUGUGGAAACUCAUUCAGUUGCCACUGCUCCUAUGACCCCCCUUGCAACAGCCGCACCUGUGUUACAUGUGGAGACUCAUUCAGUUGCUACAGCCCCUAUGACCCCCAUUGUGAAAUCCGCGCCUGAGCUGCAUACAGAUACACGCUCAAUAGCCACAGCUCCAAUGACCCCUAUUGCAACAAAUGCCCUUCAACUUCAUGAGGAGACUCACUCAGUUGCUACAGCUCCCAUGACCCCCAUAGUGACACAAUCGCCUCAACUGCUGGUGGAGACUCGUUCAGUUGCUACAGCUCCCAUGACUCCCACUGCGACAAGACCACCUCAACUACAUGUGGAGACUCGCUCAAUUGCCACGGCUCCCAUGACUCCAAUUGCGACAAGACCACCUCAACUACAUGUGGAGACUCGCUCUAUUGCCACAGCUCCCAUGACUCCCAUUGCAACAAGACCACCUCAACUGCAUGUGGAGACUCGCUCAAUUGCUACGGGUCCCAUGACUCCCAUUGCAAGAAAAGCACCUGAGCUACAAGCGCAUUCAAUCGCCACAAGUCCUAUGAACCCUAUAGUCCUGAGUUCCCCUGAGCUGAUCCCACUGCCUGAGCCACGAGCAGCGCCAGGGCCAGAAGAACCGCCAGAGCCUGUACAAGAUGUGAGCUGGGACGAAAAAGGCAUGACAUGGGAAGUCUAUGGUGCUGUGGUGGAGGUAGCUGUUUUGGGUACCGCCAUCCAGAAACACCUGGAGAAACAGGUAAAGAAGCAACAGAAGGACUCUGUGGGUACACCUGCCUUGGCCCCAUCUUCAAGCAUCGCAGACACAGCCUCUCCUCUCCCUUCCAGCCCACCUGCAACAUCAGCAUCUAGCCGGUGUAGUUCAGCAAAAGGAAGCAGGAAAAAGGAGGAAGGGAGAGGGACAAGGGGCAGACGGAGACAAAACCCUUUACGUUUGUUUUUCAGGAAUGUGCGGAGGCCAAGCUGCUGCUCUCGAGCGCACUCAGAGGAGCGACACUGAAGAAAUGCUUUGCAAUGUUUGGCCUGAUGGCAGUCCAGCUACAUUUUCGGUUCUGACUGUUGACAGGAUUGGUCUGAUAACAAAACACAUGUGUCUUCGCUAGUUGUAGCCAUAGAUCCAGUUACAGGAUCUGUCCAAUGAUGGGUUCCCUUUAAUGGCAAGCUGUCCCCCAGUGGCCGGGUAUGUUUUUAACCUCUUUUGGAUAACUGUGUUUCCUUUAUCAAGCUUUUCUGUGCUGGAAAUCAAAUGAGCACAAUACUGCACUCCCAAGGAACUAAGCAGAAAUGUUAACUAUGUGCCCUACAAUUCUUGGGUGAGACGUCCACAAGAGAACAAUUUGCCAUUCGCUAAAUCAGUGAGACAUUACUGGGUAUGUAGUGUUCUCCUCCAAGCAUAGUUAGACUCUGAUAGCCCUCACCUUCCCAUGCAAGUACAAUAAAGUAGAAGUUUAUUACAUUUCCUCAGUUAGAUGUAUUUUACUCGGUUUCACUUUAGCCAUUCACAUUGAGUUGCUAAUUCCCUUUUUGGGUCAUUCUGGUCUGUUGGUUCAGUUCCUGUACUACUUUACUGUCACUAUCUCUCAUUUUUGAACUUAUUUGAGAUCAGUUUUUAUGCUUAUUGAAGCAAGAUGUGCUAAUUCCAGAGAAGUCUUACAGAGACCUCUGUACUUGUGACCUGAUGUUUUUUCCCCCUCAAGUUAAUUUGUGCUAAGAUUUCACAGAGUAACAAUACUUUUGCUUCAUGUUAGGCUACUCCACCCACCUCUGAAUAAGAGAGACCUGCAGGGAUAAAUACAGGCUAAUGACUGACACUGGAAUAGCAUUAGCAGGAAAAAAAUAUUCCAUAGAUAUAUGUAUAAUUUGAUAUAUUAGCAUAGUUUUACAUAAAUGGUAAUAGCAUAGACAAUCCUGGUUAUUUCUUUCUGUGUACUGACUUUUAUUUUCGGUGUAUUCAAGCCUGUGUCAGAGCUAUAGUUUUUGAAUGGUUUAAUGAUCACAGAAGGUCAUUUUCACAAAACUAAGCGUCCUUUAUAUUUGUGUAUUUAAUAUUCUUCUUCUUUACGCUCAGAUUGCUUACACGAUUCUGUGAUGCUUUCGAGAAAUAUCUUCACCAAACUCUAAAAUGGUUUCAUUUUGACCUGUAUUAUGAAGUGAACAUAAAAAGGUGUAUGUUGUACAUUGCAAUUUUUGAAAAUGUUUGAAAUAAUAGAAGGAAUGGUUGAGGGACUUGAUCUGGACCUAUUCUAAAGCUACUAGAAGAAUGUUUGGCACAUUUUGUUGGUUGUAUUAAUAAUUACUCUUUUCUAUCAGCUUUUGUACAAUCACACCACAUUUCAGUGGAUUCAUCCUGUAUUUGUGGUCGCAGUUAGCCGCAGGCCUUAUGUUAUGUUCUGUGACAGUUGUGGCUAUUGUAAAAGUGAAAUAGCAAUGUUUUAAAAUUUAGUAAUGUGAUGGCAGUAGAAAUACAUUACUGUUAUUUACACAUGGUCAAAACGCAGCCCUGUACCUGACAAUUUUUAUGACUACUUUUAUAAAAUGGUUGAUCUCAUUAUAGUCAUCAUUGUAAUAAAGUGGACACUACAAGGUGUGUAGACACAUGGUUCAGCAUUCUGCCUUUUUAAGGACUGUUAAAUUUAAUUACAGCUGAUUACUUCCUUUCUUUUUUUGAUGAUGAUAUUCUUUCGCUGAUUUAUGAUGCCCAUUUGUCCAUAAACAUUCUACAUGAAGCUCCA